UGUGGCAUGGUGUUCUCAGCUGCUGAGGCAAUUACUUCACGGCAGGCAAGGCAACCAUAACAUGCAUGCGCCCGCGUCAGGCCAGGAGCUAAAAGCUUGAGGAAAGUGGCAAGAGGCGCCUGCCUAAGAUUUCCAAGAACCGACACGGGCAUUAUUAAAGACAGACCGCGCAUGCACAGUCACCAGGGAUCAAAAGGGUGACAGUCCAAGGGAAGAAGAAGAAGAAAAGGAGAACCACUGCUCGCGCUUUGCACCAGACCACUAGCUCCGAGAAGCGGCAGGCAGGCAGGCACUCGAACAAAUCAGCAGAGCCGGGACACAUGAUAUAUAUAUAUAAUAUAUAAACCGAGAGAGCACAGAGCCAACCCAAGAGAGCAGCUGAGCAGCCAGCCGUGGAGGAAGAGAUGUACCCAUACCGCAUGAGCAACGUGAUGAUCGGGUACCUGAACCUGGCCACGCUCCUGGCCUCGCUCCCCAUCAUCGGGGCGGGGCUGUGGCUGGCAAGGGGUAGCUCCUCCUCCUCCUCCACCACGUGCUCGUCGAUCCUGCAGACGCCGCUCCUCGCCGUGGGCUUCGCGGCGCUGCUGGUCUCGCUCGCCGGCUUCGUGGGCGCCUGCUUCCACGUGGCCUGGGCGCUGCGGCUGUACCUCGCCGCCGUCGCACUGCUCGUCGCCUUCCUCCUCGGCCUCACCGCGUUCGGCUUCGCGGUCACCGCGGGCGGCGGCGGCGCGCAGGUGUACGGCCGGCCGUACCGGGAGUACCGCGUCACGGACUACUCGGCGUGGCUCCAGAAGCGCAUGCAGGACGACAGGUACUGGCGCCCCGCCCUCGCCUGCGUCGUCGGGUCCAAGGCCUGCCCCAAGAUCCAGAACUGGACGCCCAUGGACUACCUCCAGCACGAUCUCACGCCAAUACAGUCCGGCUGCUGCAAGCCGCCGACGGCGUGCCAGUACAGCGGAGGCAUGCCAGUCGGGGCGCAGGACGAGGACUGCUACCGGUGGAACAACGCCCCGGACAUCCUCUGCUACCGGUGCGACUCGUGCAGGGCCGGCGUGAUGGAGCAGGUGCGCCAGGACUGGCACAAGAUCUUUGUGCUCGACGUCGCCGUGCUCGCCGCUCUCGUCUGCAUCUGCUCAUGCGGGUGCUGCGCCUUCAGGAACGCUCGCCGCUCCCGGUCCCAGUACCCAUACGGGGUGGCGAUGAUGGGGUGGUAGAAGAGAACAGAUCUACUAGGCUAGCUGUAGCUUCUCAAUGCCUGUAUGAUAUUUUGAUCCAGUCUUCUGUGGAAAAAGAUAAAAUAACACUUGGGAUCUGUAUGUGUUAUUAGCCCCUGUGGUACUCUGUUUGUUUCCAGGUCCGCAGAGUUUAGUUUCUGUAGAUAUUUGAGUUAAGAGGAGACUAAGCCAUGAAGUAAAAGAGAUGCCUAGUUUUUUUCCCCUUCAAUAUGGUAGCCAGCAUUGUAUCAUGUAGAAUUUUAAUCCAGGACAGAAGUGGUUCCAUGUAUAUGGGGGAAACCAAACCACACCAGAAGCUAUCAGCUAUGCCUGUUCUACUGUUGGCGUGGCUUCCUUAUGAUGUGAUUACACUGGAUUCCUUUACACUGAAGUCAAAUCGGGGGCAGGCUAUUCAGCAAUGUUUCAGAAACA